AUGGUUGCAGUCACGGAUGCCAGUCUUGCAACAGACAUACCACGCACUAUCGAAGUCAGAGUUGAAGGAACUCCAGAGCUCCCAAAAUCUUCUAAGGAGGAUCGCUCAUGGAUGCGAUACGCUGUGCUAUGUACAACAAUUCUCUGCCUUUCUUCAGUAAUGGCAAACAUUGUCUGCUUCAAUUUCACAGUUCUAUGCAUGCCGGCCACUCGAGAGCAUUUAGCUCAAAACGAGACUCACUACCAUGGCUACAGCAAAGAUGAACGUACAUGGCUGUUUAGCGCCGUUGCUGUAGGAGCUCUAUUGUCAGUUGUUCCUACCUCACACGCUAUCGCUACUUACGGAGCUCGACAUGUGUUCUUCGCCGCUGGUAUGCUAUCCGCUUUGGCCACAGGUUUUAUUCCAUUGGCAGCACACAACAGCUUGAAUGCUUUCUUGUUUCUGCGUUUUCUGCAGGGUGUUUCUUGCGCUGCUUGUAUGCCCACAGUUGGAGCAGUCACUGCUGCAUGGGCUUCACUUAGGCAACACGGCCUUUUCAUGUCCAGUCUUACUACGUUCGGCCAGAUUAGUGCGAUUUUUGCCAUGCCAGUGUCCGGCGAGCUAUGCGAGUCUUCAUUUGGUUGGGAAACAGUGUUCUAUUUACAUGCAGUAAUAGCAGUGAUUUCUUUCAUUGGAUGGUUCUAUCUGUACUCAAAUAAUCCAAGUCACCAUCCUCUGGUUUCAAAAAGUGAGUUGGCCGACAUCAAUCGUGGCAAAUCGGCUGCAUCGCUAAAGGCCGAAGAUACUCAAGAAUCCAUUCCUUAUAUCGAAAUUAUGACGACUCCAAGCGUUUGGGGAGUCUGGAUUGGUGCUUUGGGAGAUCUCAUUGCUAUACAGCUUAUCCAUAUGUUUUCGCCUCUCUACAUCCGUACAGUUCUACAAUAUUCCGUACAUAACACAGGUUUUGCUUCUGCCCUUCCUGUUCUUGUGCAAUUUUUCGUCAAGGUUUUCGCUGGUCAUAGCAGCGAUCAAAUCCGUGGAAUAUCAGAAACUACAAAAAUUCGUAUUUACAAUAGUAUAGCACUAGGAGCAAGUGCACUAUUCCUGUGUGCAUUGGCAUUCGUUAAGGAAGGAAGUUCAAUCGUUGGAAUUGUACUCAUUACACUUGCAACAGCAAUGUUUGGUUUCAAUGGCGGCGGUUUUAAUAAGUGCGCAACGCUGGUAUCACGUCAAUAUAGCCACUUUGUGCUCGCUAACAUUCAGUUCAUUUGGUGCUUAUCUAUGCUGAUUUGUCCAAUAUUGGUUUCACUCUUGCUUCCGACAGGUGCUGUAGAAGAAUGGCGAGUGGUAUUUCUCUCGCAUGCUGCUCUGCUAGUUCUAUCAAAUGCGAUUUUCUGCUGGUUAGCCACAGCGAAGCCAGCACCAUGGACAGAUCCGUCCAUUACGUCAGCAGCUCGGAAAAAUACUCCCAUCGUCAACCGGGGGUUGAAAUUUUGA